AUGUCAUUUGCCAUUACCAGCGCGGCGGGCCUUGCGCGACUUGCCCCAGUGUCGCGACGCGCCUCAUCUAGUGGCUUCUUCCUGCUUGCUCUCUCCGCCUCGCCAUUGGCAAUGCCUGCCUCCUCUAGUCGAACCGGCCUUCCUUCGCAGCGUAUGCCUUCCAACUUCGCACAGCCAACGUGCCCGCUGAGCCGAGAUACAUCCCCGGCCACUGUCGGUUUACGAUCCUUUCAUUCAACCUCACACAACUGGCAGAGUACGCCGCAAUACACCUAUCAUAUCGCAGCAUCCUACUCAGCCAAGCAGGAUCGCUUUAAUGCGGAGCAGAAUCUGUUCACACAACCGUUGCAUGACCCCAGCAUCGUCAAUGAGGACCUGCGCGACUGCAAAGAAUCCAUAGACAAGCGGAAACGAGCGAGAAGUGGCCAGGAUGCUUUCUUCUUCAGCCAGGUGGGCAACACAAACACGACAACAUUUGGUGUAGCAGAUGGAGUGGGAGGAUGGGUCGAGUCUGGGUUGGACCCAGCUGACUUCUCCCACGGAUUGUGCGAGUACAUGGCUUGUGCAGCGCGCUCCUGGCCACAUGGUUUCAACACGACAGCAUUACACCCAAAAGACUUGCUCCAAGUUGCAUACGACGAGGUCACGGACGAUGACAGCAUUGAGGGUGGUGGCAGCACCGCAUGUCUGGCUGUUGCAGAACCGGAUGGCAAUGUCGAGGUCGCCAACCUAGGAGACUCAGGAUUCAUGCAUCUGGGAUUGAACGCGGUACGACAUUUUACGCAGCCACAGACGCACGCCUUCAAUACCCCGUAUCAGCUUUCCAAAACUCCCCAACGCAUGCUAGUGCAAAUGGCUGUAUUUGGAGGCCCAUCCACACUUUCGGAUCUACCAAAGGAGUCGAGUAUAACACACCACAAGGUACGCCAUGGUGAUGUCCUCGUCUUCGCAACCGAUGGUGUGUGGGACAACCUGAGUCCACAGGAUGCCCUCGGUAUCGUCAGCCGUCACAUGGUUGAUUUGGGUGCUUGGGUAGAGAAAGAUGGUACCAUUGAAGUCGGACAAGAUCUAGCGAAGCUGGUACAGGCCGGCUCAGCUCGUAAAGCCGACAGCUCCUCUCUCCAAGCCAAAGUGGCGGUUGCGAUCGCGAAGGAGGCCAAGGUGAUGGGACUUAACACUCGUCGGGAUGGACCGUUCGCUAAAGAGGUGCAAAGGUACUACCCUGGGGAAAACUGGCAUGGUGGCAAGCCGGAUGACAUUGCUGCCGUGGUAGCUGUUGUGCUAAAGGAUGCACCCCAGCGAGCAAAACUAUGA